AAAUCCCACGCGCCCCGACGCUCCCCCGCUUCCGUUUCCCCCUUUCCGCCCGCCUGUCGCCUUGCUCCGCACCCCGCCGCCGCCGCCGCGCGCGCGACCCCCGCGCCGCGCCUCGCCUCGCUUCGGCCCCGCCGGCGAGGGCGCCGCUGCGUCGGAGCAGCGGAUCUGUGCGUGGGAUUGCUGUCCUUCCCCAACAAUCAUCCGCCGCCCCAGUAUCCCACCACUAAUUGCCUGCAGCUGGUGAUUUUGUUCUUCAUUCUCCUCGGGAGACAUGGUGAAAACUCCGCGAUCUCCUGUUACCACAGGAACAAGAAGGUGCAGAGCAAAGCCACAAAUGAAGGAAGAGGAAUCCAUUGAAAACAGCAAACUGGAGAAUGGAUCUCAGGAUGCAGCAAAAGAGGUGCAUCAUGGAGUUGAAAAUGGUGAUGGGCAUGUUACCCGCAAGAGACCAAGGAGAGCAGCAGCAUGUUCUGAUUUCAAAGAGAAAUCCAUACGCUUGUCUGAGAAAACAUCUGUUGUCAAGGUCAAGAAGAAUCGGAUGGAGGAGGAAGAAAUAGAUGCUGUCAAUCUGACAAAACUUGGACCGGAAAAUCCACCACCUUGCCGAAAGUUGAUUGAUUUCAUCUUGCAUGAUGCAGAAGGGAACCCACAACCCUUUGAAAUGUCAGAAAUUGAUGACUUUUUCAUAACAGCUCUUAUAAUGCCCAUGGAUGAUGAUCUAGAAAAAGAGCGUGAAAGAGGAGUACGCUGUGAAGGAUUUGGGCGAAUUGAGGACUGGAAUAUUUCUGGUUAUGAUGAAGGUACAGCUGUAGUCUGGGUGUCAACAGAUGUUGCUGACUAUGAAUGUGUGAAACCUGCAAGCAAUUACAAAUCUUACUUUGACCACUUCUAUGAAAAGGCUCAGGUGUGUGUUGAAGUUUUCAAAAAGCUUACAAGAUCAGUUGGUGGGAAUCCUGACCAGGGUCUGGAUGAAUUACUUGCCAGUGUUGUUCGUUCAAUUAAUGCCAUGAAAGGAUAUAGUGGAACCAUGAGCAAAGAUUUGGUGAUCUCCAUUGGGGAAUUUGUAUACAAUCAACUUGUUGGAUUGGAUCAGACAUCAGGGAAUGAUGAUGAAAAGUUUGCUACCCUGCCAGUUCUUAUUGCUCUUAGAGAUCAGUGCAAAUCUAGGGUGGACUUGACCAAGAUGCCAUCUAACAUCUCCAAUGCAAGUCUGAAAAUUAAGGACACGGAGUGUGAAGAGAUACCAGAAGAUGAUGAUGCAAAAUUAGCUAGGUUACUGCAACAAGAAGAAGAAUGGAAAAUGAUGAAGAAACAGAGGGGUAGACGAGGAACACCAUCACAGAAAAAUGUCUACAUCAAAAUUAGUGAAGCUGAGAUUGCCAAUGACUAUCCUCUUCCUGCAUAUUACAAACCGGCUAACCAAGAAAUGGAUGAAUACAUAUUUGAUGGUGAUGACAGCAUAUUUUCUGAUGAUGUGCCAGUGAGGAUACUCAAUAACUGGGCUCUGUACAAUGCAGAUUCCAGGCUUAUAUCUUUGGAAUUAAUCCCUAUGAAAUCAGGAGCAGAAAAUGAUGUAGUUAUAUUUGGGUCUGGUUUCAUGAGAGAUGAUGAUGGCAGUUGCUGUUCCACAGCUGAGUCUGUGAAAUCGUCUUCUUCCUCCAGCAAAGCUGACCAAUCGGACGCUGGAGUCCCUAUUUAUUUAAGCCCAAUCAAAGAAUGGCUUAUAGAAUUUGGUGGCUCAAUGAUCUGUAUAACCAUUCGGACUGAUGUGGCCUGGUACAAGCUACGCCAACCGACUAAGCAAUAUGCUCCAUGGUGUGAGCCUGUAUUGAAAACAGCAAGGCUUGCUGUUAGCAUCAUCACCCUGUUAAAAGAACAAAGUCGUGCUUCAAAGCUUUCUUUUGCUGAUGUCAUAAAAAAAGUAGCUGAAUUUGACAAAGGGAACCCUGCAUUUAUAUCGUCAAAUGUUGCGCUAGUUGAGAGGUAUAUUGUGGUGCAUGGACAGAUUAUUCUCCAGCAGUUUGCAGAUUUUCCAGAUGAGACUAUUCGUCGCAGUGCAUUUGUCAGUGGCCUUUUAUUGAAGAUGGAACAGAGGCAGCACACAAAGUUAGUUAUGAAGAAAAAAACUCAAGUAAUGAGGGGAGAAAAUCUGAACCCAAGUGCAGCAAUGGGCCCAGCAUCAAGAAGAAAAGUGAUGCGUGCAACAACAACCAGGUUGAUCAACAGGAUCUGGAGUGAUUACUAUGCACAUCAUUUCCCUGAAGAUUCCAAGGAGGGAGAUGGAAAUGAAACAAAAGAAAUUGAUGACGAACAAGAAGAAAAUGAAGACGAGGAUGCUGAAGAUGAGGGACAGGUUGAAGAGGAAAAUAUCUCAAAGACUCCACCAUCCACACGGUCCCGGAAGUUGCUGUCACAAACUUGUAAAGAAAUUAGAUGGGAAGGUGAAACAUCUGGGAAAACAUCGUCUGGAGAAACUCUAUACAAAUGUGCUUAUGUUCGAGAACUCAAAAUAGCUGUUGGAGGCACAGUGGCACUAGAAGAUGAUUCAGGAGAAACAGUCAUGUGUUUUGUUGAGUAUAUGUUUCAAAAAAUUGGUGGUGCAAAAAUGGUUCAUGGAAGGAUGCUGCAAAAAGGUUCACAGACGAUUCUUGGCAAUGCCGCAAAUGAGAGGGAGGUUUUCUUAACUAAUGAUUGUUUAGAAUUCAAAUUAGAUGACAUCAAGGAAUUGGUUAAUGUUGAUAUCCAAUCAAGACCUUGGGGUCACAAGUAUAGAAAAGAGAAUUCUGAAGCUGAAAAAGUUGAGCAGGCCAAAGCAGAAGAGAGGAAGAGAAAGGGCCUGCCAAUGCAGUAUUUCUGCAAAAGCUUAUACUGGCCCGAGAAGGGUGCAUUCUUUGCCCUUCCCUGUGAUAAAAUGGGUCUUGGUAGUGGUGUAUGUAGCUCUUGUGAUCACAUAGAGGCAGAUUCUGAUGAAUUGAAAGUACUCUCAAAGACCAGCUUCAUCUACAGAAAGAUUACAUAUAAUGUCAAUGACUUUUUAUACGUAAGACCUGAUUUUUUCUCUCAAGAUGAGGAUCGUGCAACCUUCAAGGCUGGCAGAAAUGUGGGCCUAAAGCCUUAUGCAGUUUGCCAUCUAUUGGCCAUACCUGAAGGAGCUGGUUCUAAAAAAUUCAAUCCAGCAUCAACAAAAAUCAGCGCUAGAAGAUUUUACAGACCAGAUGACAUUUCGUCAGCCAAAGCUUAUGCAUCUGACAUCAGAGAGGUCUACUACAGUGAAGAUAUAUUUGAUGUGCCUUUGGAUAUGAUAGAGGGAAAAUGUGAGGUUAGAAAGAAGAAUGAUCUCCCAAGUUCAGACCUUCCAGUACUGUUUGAACAUGUAUUUUUCUGUGAACUUAUAUAUGACCGUGCCACUGGAGCUCUCAAGCAGUUGCCUCCAAAUGUUAGGUUCAUGUCCAUGGUGCAAAAGACAACUGGUGCUUUGAAAAAGAACAAAGGAAAACAGAUCUGUGAGACUGAUCAUGUAGAUUCAGGUAAAUGGGUUGAUGUGCCGAAAGAGAACCGUCUAGCAACUCUUGACAUUUUUGCUGGCUGUGGAGGUUUAUCAGAAGGGCUGCAGCAAGCUGGUGUAUCUUUUACAAAAUGGUCAAUUGAAUAUGAGGAGCCUGCUGGUGAAGCGUUUAGCAAGAAUCACCCAGAGGCUGUAGUGUUUGUAGAUAACUGCAAUGUGAUUCUAAAGGCAAUUAUGGAUAAAUGUGGGGAUACUGAUGAUUGCAUUUCAACUUCUGAAGCUGCUGAACAAGCAGCGAAACUUCCUGAAGAGAACAUUAGUAACCUCCCCGUACCUGGUGAAGUAGAAUUCAUAAAUGGUGGUCCUCCGUGUCAGGGAUUUUCUGGGAUGAAUAGAUUCAACCAGAGCCCAUGGAGUAAAGUUCAGUGCGAGAUGAUUCUAGCAUUCCUCUCAUUUGCAGAGUAUUUCCGACCCAGAUUCUUUCUUUUAGAAAAUGUUCGGAACUUUGUUUCGUUCAACAAAGGGCAGACCUUCCGACUAGCAGUAGCAUCUCUUCUGGAGAUGGGAUACCAGGUCCGGUUUGGAAUUCUAGAAGCAGGGGCUUUUGGUGUUGCUCAAUCUAGGAAAAGAGCAUUCAUUUGGGCUGCUGCACCUGGAGAGACUCUUCCUGAUUGGCCAGAGCCAAUGCAUGUGUUUGCUAGCCCUGAGCUGAAGAUAACGCUGCCUGAUGGCCAAUACUAUGCAGCUGCCAGAAGCACUGCUGGUGGAGCACCUUUCCGAGCAAUAACUGUUAGAGAUACAAUCGGGGAUCUGCCUAAAGUGGAAAAUGGUGCCAGCAAACUCACACUUGAGUAUGGAGGUGAGCCUGUGUCUUGGUUCCAGAAGAAGAUUAGAGGCAACAUGAUGGCACUGAAUGAUCACAUAGCCAAGGAGAUGAAUGAGCUGAACCUCAUAAGGUGCCAGCACAUUCCGAAACGACCAGGUUGUGACUGGCAUGACCUGCCUGAUGAGAAGGUGAAACUGUCCAACGGCCAGAUGGCGGACCUGAUACCUUGGUGCCUGCCCAACACUGCCAAGAGGCACAAUCAGUGGAAGGGUCUGUACGGGAGGCUGGACUGGGAGGGCAACUUCCCCACAUCUGUCACAGAUCCCCAGCCAAUGGGCAAGGUCGGCAUGUGUUUCCACCCUGAACAGGACAGGAUCAUCACGGUCCGCGAAUGCGCUCGUUCUCAGGGCUUCCCUGACAGCUAUGAGUUCGCGGGCAACAUCCAGAGCAAGCACAGGCAGAUUGGCAACGCGGUGCCCCCGCCACUCGCCUAUGCGCUCGGGAGGAAGCUCAAGGAAGCCGUCGACGCCAAGCGUCAGGAGGCUGGCGUGGCUGCGCCUGCACCAUGAGAUUAGUAUUCAUCCGGUGACCUGUGAAGCUAAGCGCUGAGGUCGUCCUAUUCUACCUUAGGAACAGCAAAGAACAAAGUAGUGUGUAGUGUCUACCGUAGUAACUAUGCGAGUUGGUUGCGCUUUUAUUCUAGUCGUGUGAACCCCCUAAGUGUAUAUGCUAGAGAAGUAUUGAUUGCCACCCUGAUUCAGGGUAGAGGUAUUUAUAUAGAACUUCAGAAUUUAGUGUCUUAUCUUGGUUUCCGUGCUCAUGAGCACCAUGCCUUUCUUAUCUUAAAGCAAGGCUGCAAUGUCAAGGGUCAAUUUGUUUGU